AUGGAGAAGAAAAAAGAAGAAAAAGAAAAUUUAAUAAUUGAAAGAUAUCAUGAAAGUAAUGAAUAUGGUGAAAAAAGAAAAAACAAUGAAAAAAAUGAGAAGAUUAAAAUUAAUGAAAAAAAUAAAAUUAACAAAAAGAAUGAAGCUAAUAAGAAAAAUAUAAAAAAUAUCAGAUGUGUAAGAUGUAGAUAUAACAAAAGAGAUAAAGUUAUCAGUAGAAAUGACAUUAUUGAAAAUAAUGGAAUUAUAGUAAAUAAUAAUUUAAGGAAAGAAAAAGAAAUUAAUAAAAAAUGUAACUAUGUGUUUUAUAAAAAUUGUCAAAAUAAUGAAUUAGAAAACGAUUAUGAAAGCAGUGAAGACUUCUUAAAUAGUGAUACAUGUGAUAGUAGUAACUCUGAUGUAAGUAUAAAUACAGAUGAAAAUGAAAAUAUGAAUGGAUUUGUUGAAAUUUUUGAGAGUAUUGAUUAUAGAAACAAUUCUACAUUAGAUUCAAAUUGUGAAAUUAUAAGAAAUCCUGAUUUAGUUGAAACUUUUGAAAUUUAUGAUAUUUUUGAAAAUGAUGAUAAUUUAAACAAUAAUAAUAUAAACAAAUAUAUAUGCGAUAAAAAAGACAAUGAAAUAAAGAAUAAUCAAUUAAAUGAUAGUGAAGUAAUAAAUAAACUAAACCAUAAUAAUAAUCAUUUAAGGGAAUAUGAUGUCGAAAAAACCAUCAUAGAAAACGAGUUGUCAAAAAAAAUAUUACUAUAUUUUCCUUUUUUUAAAAAGAGUAUAUUCAUAGAUGCAAUUAUUGAACAUUUUCAAAAAGAAGGAAUAAAAAACUUAGACAAAAAUGAUUUAAAAUCACAAUGUUAUGAAAUCAUAAAAGAAAUAUACGAUUACAACAGUUAUAAUAACAAAUUUGAUAGAAAUGUAAAAAAUAAAAAAUUAUUAAAUGAAUAUUUUUGUGAAAAAUUAAACAAUAAAAAAUACGAUAUGAAAUUAGAGAUGGAUUAUUAUGAAUUUGAGUUUUUUUCAAUUUUUUUUUUAAGUUAUUUUCGUUUUUCAUUAUAUUUAUCAGGUUUUAUAAAUUCUUCCUUUCUUUAUCAUUCAAAUGAAAUACAUUUCCAUAUAUUUGUUUUAAAUAGAUAUCACCAUUUUGUUGAUAAUUUUUACUUAAAUGAUACUUCUCCAUUUACUCCCAAUGAAGUAAAUGAAAUAAUAGCUACUUAUAAAAAAUCUAUUAUUUCAAUUCUAGAUUACUUAGAUGCUUUUUAUCCAUUUUUUUUGCUCAUCUAUAAUAUUAUCACAUAUAUUCAUAUAAAAUCCAAAAAAACAACAACUAUAUUAGAAAACAAUGAAAUUAUUCUAAAAAAUAAUUGUAAAGAAAUCAAUAAAAAGGAUUUUCUGAGGUGGACCAAAGGUAAUUCAUCCUCCAUGAGUAAACAUGUCAUUAAUAAAUUUGAUCUCAUAAAAAAGAUAAAUAAAAUUAAAAGAAAAUUUUUUAAGCAUAAUCAUAAUAAGUUUAUAUUAAUGAUUAUUGACAAAUUAAAUAGCUUCUGGGUAGUAAACUGCAUAUAUGAAAAAAAAGUUGAUGUAAAAGGAAUAGAUAAUUAUAUGGAGAAAUUUAUUUUAAAUAUAAAAAAUAAUAUGCUUAUAAAAUACAUAAUUUAUUCUAUCGUUCAAAAGUUAAAUGAAAUUUUAUCAAGAGUAGAAAAAAAAAGUUUCGAAGAUGUAGAUGAAAUUUGUAAAAAGAAUAUUUUAUCUAUUUCUACACUACUAAGUUUUGAAUCACUAAAAAAAAUUAAAAAAAAAGAUAAAUGGCUAUUAUUAUUGAAACAUAACUAUUUUUAUAUUGAAAAAAGUUAUUAUUUUUUUAAAGAAUUACAUGAAAAAAAAAUUAUUUAUUUUCAGAUACAGAAUUUAUUUAGAUCUAUUCUAAAUUUUAAAAUAAAUGUGGUUUAUAAUCAUUUUAUUCAAUACUUUUAUGUUAGUGAUAUAAAAAAUAAAAAAAUAGAUACUAUAUAUGAUUACAUUUAUUAUAUAAAAAAUAAAAAAAAUAUAUUAAUUACACUGUUUGCAUAUAAAAGAUUAAUUUAUAAGUUGAAAUUUGACGUAAAUAGCUAUGGUUUAAUGGAUUCUAUUUACAAUUCUUUAAAAUUUUUAUUCAUGGAAAAAGAGUCCAUUAAUUUAAUAAAAAAAAAUACAUUAAUAAAAAAAAAUUUUAUGUAUUUGUUCAAUAUUAUGAUUACUUCCUUAAAUUUUGAAAAAUAUAAGAAUAUCGUCAUGCCUACGAAAAAUAUCAUUAAAAAUUCUUUCUUUCAUUUAGAAAAUAACGUUAUAAAAAAUAUACUAUUAAAUGUUUCAAAUAAAAUUACAAGAAUUAGAUAUAAGGGUGAUAUUUAUUCACAUACUUCUUUUUCUUGUUAUUAUGAAAGAGAGCUUAAUGAAGAAUUGUUUACUGUUUUAAGAAGUAACAAAAUAAAUAAAUUAGAUAAAAAUUAUUUAAUAAAAGAAGUUGAAAAUUUUAUAACAAAAUUACAAAAAAACAAUUAUAGAAAAAUAAAAUUUAUAACAUCAUUAAAUGGAUAUAACUAUAACUGUGAGAAUAAUGAUAUAUAUAAUUUUUUAAAUUUACUGAAUAUAAAAAAAAAAAAAAAAACGAAAAAUAAAAUGAACACAUAUUUUUAUAAUGAAUGCAUUUAUACUGAAAAAGAAAGUAAAAAAUUUCAAGACUAUACAUCAAAUCAUAAUGUAUAG